AUGCUCGUCUCGCUGCCACUCCCCUACCGCUUCUCGAGCGCUGCCGCCUCUGCCCUCCUUCCCCAAACUCCCCUGUUUAUACGGGACCCUGCUGGCGCGAAGCUCAGGAGGAUAAUCACCUGGCUUAGCCGGUCAUUGUUCCCACUGUGGACUCUUGACUCUUGCGUCGGCCUCGGUGUUCGGAUGGGGCGGCAUGAGGCUGCGCCCAUCCCGUCACAAGCGCGGUUACUCCUGGACCAAUUCCCGCAUGUCGAGUCCGACAUCCUCCUCGCCAUUGCGCGCCACACGCUCGAACCGAUCGAGCUCUACAAGCUCGACGAGCAGUACCGCAGCGCUAGCUCCGCGAACACGCCGCUGCCCGCAGACCUCUCGGACCCGCUGUCCACGUCCAACAACGGUGACCACGCGUGA